AUGGAGUUCCUUCACGCUGCGGGACGCCCCGAAUUCCCGUACUUUGCAGCGGGACCCCACGCCGGGAAAUCGUUCACGGCCCCAGCGCCGCUGCAGCCAACGCACGGUGCAACUCCUUUCUCCAUCGAGGACAUUCUCAACCGCCGAACACCGGGCCCGUCGUCGGCCCAGCCACCGUCGGGUAAACCGGCGAAAUCCCCCGCAAACGCGGCUCUGCAGUGUGCCACAGAGUGCGGGGAAUUCGCAAGCCAGAACAGGGAGAAAGUGUCCCGAUCCGAGACUUGUAUUUCGUUCACCGCCGUGCCGUCCGUGCCGAAAUGUUUGGGGUUCGCCACCUGCACGGCCGCCCUGUGUGUCUGCCGGGAGCGCAGGCUUGGAGCCGACGGAGACACGGACCAAUGGCCGUUCCUUAUCCGUACCUCUGCUGGCUACUGUAUCCCGUCCCUCUUCCCGUCAGAGACAACCAGCGGUACGCUCCGCAGCAGGAGACGCAAGGCGCGCACCGUCUUCGUCGACUCCCAGCUGCGGGGGCUGGAGGCGCGAUUCCAGGCGCAGAAGUACCUAUCCACGCCGGAGAGAAUCGAGCUGGCCGUGGGCCUGGGACUGACGGAAACACAGGUGAAAACCUGGUUCCAGAACCGUCGCAUGAAGCAAAAGAAGGACACCGCGGGACCGAAGGAUCAGCGCGACCACCACGUCAGGCCGGUUGGCACGCGGGUAGGACAGCCAGUCGGGACCUGCAAGCGGGACCAGGCAACGGCUGCUGAGACGAUGGGGGAGGAGGAAGCUCUGAACCCGUAAGCCGUCGUCUAAAGAUGGACAUAUGACUUAAAUCAGAAACCCGUGAACGCGUAUGGGUUGUGGCCACUUGCAGUCGAUUUCUAACUGUCCUAAUAUGAAGCAUUAGGGUGAUGAACUACUGUGUAUAGGCAUAUAGGCUACUGACACUUCACCACGACGGACUGCCUAAGUUCUUUUACCUGUGAGCUCGUUCUAAUUCACUUCACACCCGAUUUAUGUAAAUAAGAGAUGUGUCUCACUUUGGACACAUUUUACAGGUUACUGUUUGAUGUUUUUUCAGUAUGCCUUAAAUUAUGUACUUUAUUGUAAAUAAAUUCUUAGUAUAAAUAUUCUGCUUAUGUUGCUUUUACGCAUUACUUUCAGACGAAACUUAUGCCCAUAGAUGCAAUUAGGCUGAGGUUCUCUAAAUAAUAAGCAGUAUUGUUGCUCGGCAGGUUACCAUAAGCAAACUUUGAUCAAAUUGUUGCUUACACCCAUGGACAGAAUCUCUCGUUGUUAUUGGUCCAGUGUUACUCUUAGCUAAAGCUAGGUUCACACUUUCUCGAUUUGUAAGCCGGGUCACAGUUAAUAGUAAUUCUGGGGUAAAUCGGAAAGUGGUUCUUGGCUGCCUCGGGGUGGUAGGUCGGUGAAAGAUCGUCGAAGAUCGGAAAGCACCCUGACAAUUUGGGACAUGUUCGAAGUGUCAUUCUGGGACCAAUUUCCAGUCUUGGUUUUGAUCUCACAUUCGGCGUUUGUUCUUAUUAAAUUUGUGGUGAAGUUGGCAUAA